UAGUGGCCUAUACGAUGAUGCAGCCCACAGCUACUCCCUUCGCCUGAGCCUGCAGUCGUCCUUCAGAAGCAUUCAUUCAAGGUCGUCUUGUUGCACACUGCACAGCCAUCAUGUCUGAUUCAGAAGAGACUGCAGCCCAUAUGGAGACAGCCUCUACUGAUACCGGUGCAGUGAUUUCAGUUGGCGAUGACACCACUGGAAGAAUUACCUGGCGUCAGUGUUAUAUUACCGUCAUAAAUUACAGCUCUGAAGACACCCUCUGUAACCCCUGUCAAUACACGCAGAGUGGUCGCUGCACCCAAAUUCCGCCACCGCAGAUUGGCCCGCAGUCAUCUGGCAGUGCCCUGUUCACCAAGACUCCCUACACUGCUCGAGGAUCUGUUGGCGUCAUGACUUAUGACCUCCAGGACUCCACUGAGAAAAUAGCUGUCAUGUUCUCUGUGCCCUACGACUAUAGCAUGUUCUCUAACGUGUAUGCAGUGGGAAUCUUUGACAAGAGCCAAAAGUGUAAUUAUGAUCUUUAUUAUAAGAUGUACUACGACCCACCAACCACCUUUGUCAGAGGUGAAGCUAAGGGCCCCAGUCUCACUUAUAAGGGGGAUCAAGUCACCAUCGUGGCAACAAUGGCAGACCUUUAUGAAACUGUCAUAAACGUGGAAGUGAGACACAACUGAAAUAAGAGAGUCAGGAAGAAAGUAGAUUCACCUGCAGCCUAUUCUGCUUUGUAUUUUUUGCAGAAUGUAUAAUUAAUUCUGUGCCAAUGGUUAAUAC